AUGCGCUACCAAGGUCAGCAGCGCUAUCCCCAUCCCUAUGGUCGUACCAUUCAGACCCAAGGAUAUCAACUGCCCUUUCGAUCCCGAGACAUAGGAACUGACACGCCCCAGCUUACGUGGAGUCUGAACCGUGACCUGCAACGGCAACGAAGAAACACCUACCCACAUCCACCAAGCCUACCACAAGGUCAACUCCAGCGGAAAUCAUACGCACCACCCCAGCUGCAACAACCGUCCCGUCAGCAGCAGUCAGCGCACAACCAAUCUCGCACCAACCAGGAAGGUCAGCUAUUACUUUCCGACAAACCUUCAAACCAAGCAGCCUCCAUUCCAGCACAGGCUAUGCAGCACGCCAACCACGCCCUCGACCAACAGCAGCGAACCAAGCAGAACCACAGGAGACCACCCAAAUGGCCGGAAAGCCAGCGUCUUUCGAAGCUAAUCUUUACCACCACCGAUAAGGCUGGUACGUCUCAUCCUAUCGACGGGCAGCGUAAUGGGAAGAGACCAGGUCCGUCCUCCGGUGGAAAAAUCAAUAUGGAUAGAGUCUCUGCAUGGAUGGUGUUUCAUUUCUCUAUUCACAAUUACUGGGAUCUUGUGAAGCAAGAGGCUUGUCUCGCUCUGUCCUAUGUUAGAUUGACUGACGAAGGGAUCUUCUACUGCCUAUGCACUAUGACACCAUACCAGCUUAGCUCCCGUUUCCAGGCCGACUUUGACCAACAUGGUGACGUUCGCACAUCACGUAUUCCCUUAGACCCCCCUAUGAUCAUCUGGGCCAAUGGUCUGCCUUGGUUCCCUGUCUACAAGGCGUUCUACGUCCUAUGUGGAAGCUGGAACCCCGCAUCGCACCUGGUCGGAAGAAAGUAUCGCUCCAGUACCUCUGAGUUCUUUAUCGGUGUCGCCCUGGCCCCAGCAGACGCAGUCCGCGCGGCACUCGAGGAUUCCUUGCCACAAUUAACCCUACGUGCUUUCGACUCCCUGACAUACCCGAGCCCUGACCGCACGAACGGACCAAUAGACCUAAUCCACGUCGGCACUAUCAGCCGCGGCCAAAAUAAGAUCGCGUGCCGUUUCAUCAUGAACAAAGACCCGACUUUCUACGUACUAGUGUACAAGACAAUAGCAAAGAAAGAUCUCACCUACACCCGCCUACAUGAUUUGAACGGCUUCCACGAGGAUAUCUGUGACUCAGCCCUCAAUUUCUCGCCUAGGUCUUACAUUGACGAUGACUCGUACGAGGCUUCUUGGCAAAAUAUCCCUGAGUCAGACUUCCAUGAACCUCCUUUCGCUUGUGGAAAACCCUUCCCUGCUAGGGAGAGCCCCACACAAGACGCAGCGAAGCUGAAGCCGAUACCAUGGAAGGAUAUGUACGCUAUCAUCGACUCUUUCGGCAAUGAGGCAUCCCGUCGUCGAAAGCGCGCCCAGCGAGAGAAGAAUAGGCAACAGAAUGUCACCUCGGGUUCGCAUAUCCCCCUCCUGGGGCCGCGUUGCUAUCGCACAACCUCUAUCCGGCCACUUGCAGAAUACAGACCUACGCUUCCGCAUUAG